GGGGACGGGAAGUGGGCGGGGCCGGCCGGGAGCGGCUCGAGGGGCCCGGAGUGGCGGAGUAGCAGAGUGAAGACCACCCGGAAUCCCAGCAGAGACCUCCCGGGAUGCUCUGGGCAUGGCAUCUGGAGCCCCCCAGCAGAGCAGCCAGUUGGCAGAGGAGAUCCCAGGCUUCCUGGACGCCUUCCUCUGCGACUUCCCAGCGCCGCUGAGCCUAGAGAGCCCUGUGCCAUGGAAGGUCCCGGGGACAGUGCUGAGUCAGGAGGAGGUGGAGGGCGAGCUGGCCGAGCUGGCGAUGGGCUUCCUGAGCAGCAGGAGCGCCCCGCCACCACUUGCUGCAUCUCUGGCCCACGAGGCAGUUUCCCGGCUGCUACAGACGGACCUUUCUGAGUUCAGGAAGUUGCCCGGGCAGGAGGAGGAGGAAGAGGAAGAUGACGACAAGGAAGAGAAGGCCCCUGUGACCCUGCUGGAUGCCAAGGGCCUGGCGUGGAGUUUCUUUAACCGGCUCUGGGAAGUAUGCAGCCAGUGGCAGAAGCAGGUGCCCUUGACCGCCCAGCUUCCUCAGCGGCAAUGGCUGGUCUCCAUGCAUGCCAUCCGGAAUACCCGCCGCAAGAUGGAGGACCGGCACGUGUGCCUUCCCACCUUCAACCAGCUCUUCGGCCUGUCCGACCCCGUGGACCGAGCCUACUUCGCUGUGUUUGAUGGUCACGGAGGGGUGGAUGCCGCACGGUACGCCGCCGUGCACGUGCACAGCAACGUUGCCCGCCGGCCUGAGCUGCCCACGGACCCUGCCGGAGCCCUCAGAGAAGCCUUCCGGCACACCGAUGAGAUGUUUCUCUGGAAAGCCAAGCGAGAGCGGCUACAGAGCGGCACCACGGGGGUGUGUGCGCUCAUCGCAGGAAAGACCCUGCACGUCGCCUGGCUUGGGGACUCCCAGGUCAUCCUGGUGCAGCAGGGACAGGUGGUGAAGCUGAUGGAACCUCACAGACCUGAGCGACAGGACGAGAAGGAGCGCAUCGAGGCGCUGGGCGGCUUCGUGUCUCACAUGGACUGCUGGAGAGUCAACGGGACCCUGGCCGUGUCCAGAGCCAUCGGGGACGUGUUCCAGAAGCCCUACGUGUCAGGGGAGGCGGACUCGGCCUCUUGGAAGCUGACGGGCUCCGAGGACUACCUGCUGCUGGCCUGUGAUGGCUUCUUCGACGUCGUCCCCCACCAGGAGGUCCCUGGCCUUGUCCAGAGCCACCUGGUCAGGCAGCAGGGCAGCGGGCUGCAGGUGGCCGAGGAGCUGGUGGCUGCAGCCCGGGAGCGGGGCUCCCACGACAACAUCACGGUCAUGGUGGUCUUCCUCAGGGACCCCCGAGACCUACUGAAGGGCGGGGCCCAGGGGGCAGGGCAUGUGCCCUCUGGCCUCUCAGAGCCAGAGACCAACACUCCACAGAGAAGCUAGGAGGUGCAGGCCCCCUGCCCCCACCUCAGGCCCCUCCCCCUCGGAUGCCUUAGGACCUGACCGGCGGAGGCGGUGGCGGUGGGCGGGCGGGUGUCCCCCUCACAGUGUUUUCCCAGGGCCCCGAGUCCCCUGUGCUGCUUGCAUCAGUCCAUCCUGGUGGCUGCAGAACUGCACGGGGCGGGGGGGUGGUGGUAUUUAUGCCCUGCUCGUGCAGGCAGUGGGAUGGCCCUGAUCUCCAAAGGAGGCCUAGGGAGGAGACCUCACCAAAGAGGUGACCUGGGAAGUGGAUUAGCUUUUCUCCAGGCCCCGCUGGGUAGGGGGCAGGACCAGAGGCCACAGGCGCGGGCCGCAGUCGGACCAAAGACGCUGGGCACACGCCUGGGGCAACAGGGCACUGCAUAUGAGACCCCGGACAGACCCAGGGGCCAUGGACAUCUCCAGGUGUGUCCUGGGUGUCCGGCCCAGGUUUCUCAUUGGCUCCUCACUGGCCACGGCUGGGAGGACUCAUCUGUAUAGAUGCCCCUGGCUGGUCCUGGCCUGCCAAGCCGGCUUCCCAGAGUGGGGAAAACAGCCCCUUUGGGAAGGAGGGAGCAUCAGGGAUCUGGUCUGCGGUGGGUGCUCGGCGGCCCCCAGCCUCCCUGGUCCCCUCCCAGCGCGCACACACCCAGGGAGGGGAAGGUCAGAAUGAUGACACGUGUGUCUUUUGUUUGUGGUCUUUUUUUUCUCCCCAGGGAAGUCUAACUCAGAAGCAGUAUUUCAGGUUUUUGUCUUUGUUUUGUCAGUGCCAAGUUGACCUGUUGUGUCAUAUAACUUAAGCAGAGCUUAGCUUUUAUUUUAUUCUUAGGAAACUGAAGUAUUGAUUUUUUUUUUUAGAAGAAACUUCUUUUGCAGUAUUACUGAAUUUUUUUUUCCCCUAAAUCAGGAUUGAAACAAAAACUUUUCCAGGUGGUGUUAAUAAGCCAUUCAAGUGCCUUAAACAGCUUUAGGUAGGGCUAGAACCGCCGGGCCUGGACGGAUUCUAACAGGCAUGUUUCCGUUUUUACAGAAGCAGGAUUUAUUUUGUUAUAGUGGCAUGAUUUUGGCUAGAAUUCUUCCCAGACGAGUUCUUUCCACCUCUUGUGAUUCCAUUCGCUGCUGACAGCAGAGCAGCCCUGAAGAACAUAGGCUGUGCUGUGUGGCCUGGGCCAGACGGCAGGGCUCCGGGAGAUCAGGGCGACCACAGCCCCGCCAGCCUCCCUCCACGCCUGGGCCCUGCUGCUCAUGUCUCUGGCCUGGUGCCCAGGCUGAGGGACUGAGCUCCAUGAAGUGGGCUCCUCGUUUGACUGGAAUGUCCUAGAAUGUCUUGUGUUAGUAAUCAAAUUGGUUUCAUUGGAAAACACGCUUAGAGUCCCCAGCAAGUCCGAGGGCAGCCUGAGGGCGUUGGGCUCUGUUUGGAGCCUAUCCCGCCCACCCGCCCCACAGCCCCCAAAACCCCUCCUCCUGUCUCCCGCCUGCCACGGCUGCACCCUCUGCCAUCUUGCUCUGACCACAUGGGGGAGAGCUCUACAUUCCCUAGCAUGCUCUGGGCACAUGAGGCUCGGGAGCCACGAAACUUGGGUGACUCAGGCUGCUCACAUCCAGUGAGGCGAAUAUGGCGUGGGUGUCCAGUUGGAAGUGGCAGGGCUGGGUGAAGAGUCCAGGCAGAGGUCAAGAGCCCAGAGAGAGGGGUCUCCGGUGGGAGGACCCAGGCCUACAGGUCUGGGAACGGCAGUGGGUGGCUUAGCUGAGGCUUCUGGAGAAUGUCGCUGGGAGGUGGGCUUGGCACCAGGUCCCCCAGGCUGGGAGGUCCUAUGAGGGUACUCAGAAUCCACCCGCAGUGGCUAGGCCCCAGCAAGGAGAGUGCAGGGAGGACCGUGAUCCCAGUGCACAGGGGAGCCCAGGCGCCCCCCCGCCCCGGACCCUGCAGCAGGAAGGGAGGGGGAGGCAGCUCAGGGCAGGCAGCAGGGCAGUGGGAGCUGCCCCCCGCAGGCUUGGCCUUUACUCCUCACUCCCACAACAGGGAUGAGGGAGCCCAUAUGAUGCGGCCGAUGCCAUGCCCCAAGGCUCGAGGUGGAAGGCAUCUUAAACAUGGUCACUGCAAUUCAGAGGUUUGGUGGGAGCCAACAGUGACCUAGAAUUGCCCCACUUAAUCUGAAGGCGUCGCUGCUUUCUAGGGGUCUGAAGCCCCCUCUUCGGCCCUUCCCCAGCGCAGGGCUGGUCAGAGGCAGCAUGUGGGCCUGCCCUUCACCAGCGGCCUGGCUGCUCCCUGGCAUGACCUUAGCAGAGGGUGGAAGCGUGGACUUCUGUUGUCCUCCUUUCUUUGCCAGUCGGAUCCUGUGAUUGCCACCAAGAGUGGGGCUUCCCCCGUGGAGUGUGGCUUUCACUGUGUGGUGGUCUGAUUCACGCCCUGGCUCGAGGCUCCAUCAGGAGAUCUCUCCAGGCUUGUCCCAGUGGCCACCUCCGUCUGGCAGAGGCUUCUGCUGUCUGGUGCUGCUCAUCUUUGCCUGGGGGCUGAGGGAGCCCUUCUUCCUCCUGCACAGACACCGGCUCUGUGCAAGCACCUAGGCAUAGAGGCCUCUUCCCUCUUGACUGGGUCUGGACUGGGAGCCACUGGGCGUCUUCGGCCUCUGAAAGCCCUGGCCCCCCUCCUCUCCAGGCCACAGUCCUAAGAGGGCCCCAGGUCUGGAAGCCCCAAUCCCCUUCUCAAAUCCUCGCUUUGCCACUAGCUUGUUGUAUGAGCUGAGCAAGUCAUGGAGCCUCCCUGGCCUCAGUUUCUCCUCUCUAGGGCACAGGGUUGCACCGAAGCUGUGAUUCUGGAGGUUCGGGUCUACCCGAGGCAAGCCUGGUGCGUCCCAGGGAGCUGCUGCCCGUGCCACGAGAGCCCUCCCUGGCUGCUAGCAGGGAGGGGUGAUGAAGUAUUAUUAGCGUCUAUUCUUACAGUUAAGUGGGCUGGGAAAGAAUGGAGCUGCAGAUGCUAGGGUUGGGCCUUACAUGGAACACAAAAGCUCAGAGCAGGCCCUGCUUUUACAGGUAGAGCUGAUUGCAAGCCAGCAGGGGUGGGAGAAGCAGACAGGCUCGGCUCCCUCCCUCUGCAGGUGUGAGGCGAAAGGGAAUGGAGAGGGGCAGGGUACAGCUGGGCUCUCCCUGACCUUGCACCCAGGACGAGGAAAGGGAUGUGCUUUAGGGGGAACAGUGACAGGGGCAGGCCCCACUGGAGACGCACAAGCUCUCCGAGGUCCCGAGCCAGCCUUUGGCCGCAGCCCCCUCUCCCCCUACCCUCCCCAGCCGGCAUGCGGCCCUCACCCCUUCCCGUGUCCCCUUGCAGGUGGCCCGGCUACCUCAGCAGUAUUCCCGGGGCCUGGGGUACAGCUCCGCCGGUUCCUAGGCCUGACCCUGACAAGGGCUCAAUGGAAACUUGCUAGGCCUAUGCAAGAUAAGCUGGUUUGGGUUUGAUUCUACCUGUCGCCCAAGGGAGGCAGCCCCAGGAGGCCUGUGCUUUUCGCCGAGGCUCCGCAGCUUUGCCAAAUGCGCCGAGCUUUGCCAUUCAUGCGCCAUGCCAGCCUUGCCAAGGGUUCAUCUGUGCACAUCUCAUCAGGGCUCCUGGGAGAGGUGUUCUCCGCCAGAGGCGUCUCGUCCUGAGACGGGAUGGCCAUUUCCCCUGUCUGUAGGGACGAGUGCCAGGAUGAGGGGGCCAGAAACUCGGUCUCCUCCCAGGGGUCACUAAGUGUCAAUAAAUCAUGAGUUCUGAA